CUAAUCCCCCUAUUCGGGGAUCCUAACUCCGAGCGUGGUGGCGUGAAUCGAUUUGUUAUUGAGGAGUCUCUCGUCGAGUACUCCCGACCUUACUAUCAGCUGAAGAUGGGAUUUUUAUGCAUGAUCACGCACCAACCCCAAAUUGCGUGGCGCCACGACCCCCUUGCGUGUGUCAGUCGCCUCGGCUACACGUAG